UGCCUUUUUCAAUGGUGUCCCAUCAAUAAGCGCGAUUAUCGCAGCAACAUAGCGACAAUAAAAAUGUGCUCCAGGAACAUCGAAACUCCCACUCUCUCUCUCUCUCUCAGGCAAAAAUGGAGUCAAAAAAAUGGGCGAAGACGAUGGCUGCAUGCUUCCCGGCGGCGACUGUUGAGGAGGCAUGGGCUAUCGCCGGUGAUUUCUGCGGGGUGCACAAAUGGCUACCGUUGGACACGUGUUACAAGUUAGAGGGCGAGGAGAACAAACCCGGCUGCGUCAGGUUCUGCAGUGAGGGGCGCAACUGGGCCAAGGAGCGGCUCGUUUCGUUCGACCCGGUCGACCGCUGCUACUCCUACGUGGUUACGGAGAGCAACAUGGGCUUUGGUGACUACUUGGCCACCAUUAAGGUGGUUCCGGCCGGCGAGCAAGGGUGCAAGAUCGAGUGGUCGUUUGAGGCGGACCCGGUCGAGGGGUGGACCGAGGACGGUUUCGUCUCGUUCAUGCAGACGGCUUUUGAAACGUUGGGGAACGCAAUCCACGCUAAGGAAAACUAACUCAUUUGCUUUUACUAUUAAAAAAAAUUCUAUUUUCAUUAUGUGUUUUGUGUUACAAACUGGGAAAACUCAAGUAUUGAUAUUCUCAUGAAUUAUGGUGAUGUGAUUUUGGCGAUUGUUGAUACCAUAGUGUUACAUCUUAAGAGGAUUCUUAACAUGCAGAUUUGAGUUAUUUCGAUUCUCCUUCAAAAGAGGAUUAUUUUGAAAAAGUAGGUGGAGAGAUCUGUUCAGCUUUCAGGUGGGACGAUUUGAUUUGAUUUAAACUAGGGCUGCAAAUUCUUUUGCGAUUCUUGUCAAGAGAUUGCUGUCUGAUUCAAAGUUAAUCGA